ACUGUGUUUUUUCAAGGAGUGAUGGACUGUAGUGACUAGUUUUUUUAACGAGAGUAAAGUACAAUUUGUUCAUGUGGUUGGUGAUUAAUAUAAAAUUGUUAUUUGUUAUUAAUGUGUGAAAAGUGUUUAAAAUGCAUAAGUAGAUAAAAACGAUAUUAGGCAGUAAGAAAGUGCUACUCCAUACUAUAAAAUGGGCAAUUGCUUACAAAUAAACAGCACAGAUGACAUUUCACUUUUACGUGGAAGCGAAAGUAGCAACACACAUGAUUUUACAUCUGAUCGAAAUGUUCCGGCUCCAAUUUAUUCGGAACUGCUGCAGCCUGUCUUCUUUCCGUCUCCGUCGACUAGACGUCCAGCGUCAAAUUUAACUGAGGAAGAACAAGUGAAAAUUGCAAAGCGAAUCGGAUUAAUCCAACAUCUCCCAAUCGGCACCUACGAUGGUUCAAAAAAAAUACGCGAAUGCGUCAUUUGUAUGAUAGAUUUUUGUGUAGAUGAGGCAGUGCGAUAUUUGCCGUGCAUGCACAUAUAUCAUGUUCACUGUAUUGACGAUUGGCUUAUGCGUAGUCUAACUUGCCCCAGCUGUAUGGAGCCGGUGGAUGCAGCACUCUUAACAACCUAUGAAACGUCAUAACGUCAACUGAUUUGAUAAAAAUUUUAUAUGUAGUUGGAACGAAUCAUCUUUUUUAACCAUACUAUUGAAAAAUAUUAUUUUAUUUGCUCGUAAAUCUAUUACAUCAAUAUGUAGGUAUUACAUCACGCAAACUAGCUUAGGUAAAAUAAUACACGUUUUUUUAUGUUUUUUUUUUGCAAAAUUUGACUUCGGUUGAAUAUGGAGGAAAAAUGUACGCAAUAUACACGUAUGUUUUUUUUUAUAAAAUAUAAUUUGCUAAUGUUAAAGUUAAAA